AUGGAAGAGAAUCCGGAACUCAACGCCUUUAGGCGUCAGUGGCGCGAAGAGGUGUCCCGCAGAAACCAGACAGUCUCUUCUACUGCUUCAAGCCCGGCAGCAGCAAGAUCUGUGCCGCAUACAGAAUACCUUCCGCCCACCAGACACGAGGUCGCUGAUCGGAAGGACGACGACGCCGACGAUGACUUGGACCGAGACUAUAGUGAAAUUAUAAACCGGACUGAACAUUUGGCUCUCAAACCAGCAGCCGAUGAAGACGGCUUCCAGCGAUUGCCGCAGAAGGAGCCUCGUUCGGCGUUGGAGCAUUUCGAAAAGGCAGUGGAAAGAGAAGCAGAGGGCAAUUUAGGGGAUAGUUUAGCUCACUAUCGCAAGGCCUACAGGUUGGAUGCGGCUAUUGAUCAAAAAUACCGCAAUAAGCACUUUGCGAAUAAGCCGGCACCAGCUUCAGCUACAAAGUCGCCUGAGACCACAAAGGAUAGAAAGGAAGAGGUCGAAUUGCUACCUACACCUGAGCUAAUAUCGUCAUUCGCACACCUGCCAAUACCCCCUGCUGAACCUCUCAUCGAGGGCGACAUCCCUCCUCCGUGCCCCAUUUCGAACAUUCCAAAUGAUGUCUUAAUUGAAAUAUUAAGACACAUUGCUUUGAUGGAUCCGGCAUCUUUGUCUCGUAUGGCUCUCGUUUGCAAGCGUUUUGCUUAUCACUUUGCCCAUGAGCAGCACAUCUGGAAGAGGCUCUGCCAGGGAUAUGAGUUUGGAUUUCCAGCCAUGCAUUAUUCGUUUAGCUGCGAUCUACUCGGUAACCCAUACCACUCAUUUAUUCCGCGCUAUACUCCAUUUCCGCGGGGGGCAGGAGCAGCUGUCUCGCUGCCCGAAAACUAUUCGACCUGGAGUCAGGUAUUCCAAUUAUUUCCUCGAAUUAGAUUUACUGGUGUUUAUAUUAGCACAGUCAAUUACACGCGACCUGGAGGAGCUUCUUCAUAUGCAAAUGCAGCAUGGAAUGAUCCCAUUCAUAUCGUGACCUAUUUUCGAUACCUACGCUUCUACCCAGACGGGUCCGUUAUUUCUCUGCUUUCUACCACUGAGCCCAUGGACGUUGUCCCUCAUAUCAGCAAGGAAAAUGUUGCUGCUGCGAGGCCAGCCAAGGGCCACAAGAAGAAGUCGGAUACAACAGCAUCCCAUGAAGCCUUGGCUGCCAAUGCUCCGGUACCACCUGUCGCCAUGCAAGCUCUGAAAUCUGCCUUGUGGGGUCGAUGGCACCUCACGCGACCUGAUGCUGAGGAGGAUGAAGGUUCAGAAGUAAUGAAUGGGGUUAAUUUGCCCUCGCCUGCGAAGCCGAAGCCAAAGGACAACAAAGGCCCGGGAACCGACCCACGGGACCUUGUAAUCGAGACGGAAGGCCCUUAUCCUCAAUACACGUAUGUUCUUCAUCUAGGACUGCGAUCCUCGAAUCCAGCCCGUGCCGUGGGCUCUACAAAGGCGCCGCCUAAUGUUUCGAAGAAUACGAAGCUUGUCUGGAGAGGUUUCUGGAGUUAUAACAAACUUACUGAUGACUGGGUAUGCUAG